CGAGUCAGAACAUAGCACAAUUGGCACACCACUGCAACCAAGUGGGUCAAGCUCAAGCUCAAGCUCAAGCUCAAGCUCAAGCUCAAGCUCAGCUCAAAGAGCUUGCUUCAGGUUUGUUUUGUGAACCAAAGAAGACCCAAAAAGAAAAAAUCAAAACUUUACCGGAGAUGACGACGGAGUAAGCUUUGUUGUCUAUGGAAGCUUUACCUCUAGGUUUCAGAUUUAGACCAACGGAUGAAGAACUCAUCAAUCAUUACCUACGGCUAAAAAUUAACGGUCGUGAUUCAGAGGUUAGAGUCAUCCCUGAGAUCGAUGUUUGCAAGUGGGAGCCAUGGGACUUACCUGGGCUUUCGGUGAUAAAGACAGAUGAUCAAGAAUGGUUCUUUUUUUGUCCUCGUGAUCGGAAGUAUCCGAGUGGUCAUCGUUCUAAUAGAGCUACUGACAUUGGUUACUGGAAAGCUACUGGGAAAGAUAGAACUAUUAAGUCUAAGAAGGUGAUCAUUGGUAUGAAGAAGACUCUUGUCUUUUAUCGUGGUCGAGCUCCUAGAGGAGGGCGCACUAAUUGGAUUAUGCAUGAGUAUCGUGCUACUGAUAAGGAACUUGAUGGCACUGCACCUGGCCAGAAUCCGUAUGUUUUGUGUCGCUUGUUCCACAAGCCUAAUGAUAGUUGUGAUACUGCAAACUGUGACGAAAUAGAGAAUGUUAAUACAACACCUACCACUACCAGAUGCUCUCCUGAUGAUACAUCUUCUGAAAUGGUUCAAGAAACAGCUGCGUCUUGUGUACAUGCUUUAAAUAGAUCGGAUGACACUGAGAGGUGUUUAAACGAAAAGAAUAAUGAUGUGAAACCUGAUGUUUCAGUGAUAAACAAUACUUCUAUCAAUCGCCCUGAAUCAUCUCGCGCCAAAGACCGUGUUUUGGGGAAAACCAUAGUAGAGGAAACUCCACUUGCAAGGUUCAAUUCAACUCAUUAUGGACCCAUCUUUACUCAAAUGGAUGAAAGAGCGUAUCAUCCAGCUCAGUCAAGCAUCGAUUUUGCUUCAUCACAUAUGGAUUCGAUGUAUACUGGCGAUUUUGGCAACUUCGAUUAUGGACUACAUUUUCAGGAUGGUGCCGCUAUACAAGAUGCAUCCUUAGCAGAUGUCUUGGAUGAUGUAUUUCAUAACAAUAAUGAUUCCUCUACUGAAAGGAAAGACUUUGUACUUCCAAAUAUGAUGCAUUGGCCUGGAAAUACAAGACUGUUGCCUACUGAGUACCCGUUUCGCAAAGACGCUGUUGCUUUUCUUGAUGGGAGUGCUGAAGUCGCCGGCUCACAGCAGUUUGUACCUGAUAAUGUAGCUCCCAGAUGGGUCAGUGAACACCUUGUUGAUAGCAAGGAGGUAGUAGAGAUCCAAUCUUCAUCCGGCUCCUCUCGUACCUUGACGCCACUUCAUAGCAAUGUUUUAGGGCAGUAUGCUUCAGCUUCUUAUGCAUCUAUCGAUCCCUUUAACUAUAAUGUCAAUCAUCCUGAGCAGUCAUCCUUCGAGCAAUCAUCUUUUGAACAAAACUCUGUUGACCGCAAGAUUAGUCCCAGUGACAUUUCGGGGUUCAAGGCUAGGUCUCGGGAGAUUCAGACGAAUGAGGACUUUGUUGUGGAACAAGGCACUGCUCCUAGAAGAAUUCGGCUGCAAAUAGAACAGCCAUUGGCGCUAGUUAACCACAGGAAAGAGAGAGAUGCAGACAGCUAUGAAGAGGAUGAAGUACAAUCUGCAAUGUCCAAGGUCGUAGAGGUAAAUGAAAGAUGCUUCCUUAACAGAGAUAAGACAAGAGUAAGAGGGCCUGAUCAUAGUCUGUCGGAAUCAGCUGAGUUAAGGACUCAGGGGACUGCUCAGAGAAGAAUCCGCCUGCAGACGAGAUUACGGAAGCCUCCCACAACAUCAAACAACACAAGAAGACACUCAAACCGCAGUGAAGAAGAAGCAAGCCAUAGAAAGGAAAAGGAAGAUGUGUCAUCAUCAUCAUCAUCAUGGCAGAAACAAAAUAAGAUAAUGAAGAAGAGCUUGGUGCAGUAUAGUAGUAUGGUGAUAAUAAUGGCAGUGAUAGUCGUCGUUUUAGUAGGAGUAUGGAAAGAGUCAAGAGAUGCCCAAUGUAGCUUCUUGUUUCAUCAAUUGGAUUCCUUGAAAGGCAUGUUUACUUGAUGAAUAUAUAUAGCGACAUUCUCCAUGUCUCUUUUUUUUUUUGUUUUUUUUUUUUUGUAUAAUUAAUCGUGUUUAGUGUUUUUUUUAUUUAUUUUGUAGUGUUGAGUGAUGAAGCCUAAUUCUCUAGAAUUAUUAACAAAGUAGUCCUUCUCUUUUUGAUAUUUGCAGUUCAAAACUA